AUGUCGGUAAAAUCAUGUCCAGCAUCUGGCAUGGCCAGUGGACGAUGUCCCGCCUCAUCAUCAACGGGACGAAGCAGAGGCAACAGCCGGGUUGGACCAAGAGGCUGUGCGUUCUCCGGCUACAGCCAGCUGGGAGAUCUCCACACAGCAUUUGACAUUCCGAGGGGGGUCGUUGCUGAAGAAUGGCUUCGAAUGAGGGAGCGUAAAUCCAUCACUGAACUGCUGUACUCCAACAUGCCCUCACCAGAGUAUGUCAACAGUGUCAAGAACGUUGACUCUCUCACUGCCACCGACCAGGACCUCCUUGCUGUGGCUCUCGGUGCUCCAGCGAGGCAAGUAAUGAUCAGGGCCGAAGAGAUCGGCCCUGCAACGGGCUGGAAAGACGGCUACCUCAGCUCCGAACACGGCUUCUGUCCGCCCGACUACGACGAAAGCCCCGGUGCGCUUGCCAACUCACCUGGAAGGAUAUGGUCAGACCUCUGCGAGAGGAUGCCGGGCUGCGUCGCACGAGGCCGUGUCCGCGAAUCCGUGGCGGCACUACCGAUCGUCGAGGGGACCGAGGAUGUCAUCCCCGACCAGGCACUAUGGGGCGCGGUUGUCGCCCUAGGAAUGCUAUGCUCCAUCUACCGAUACGAAGACAAGAACGACGGGAACAACGGCAUCUCGGUGAACUCGAGCAGGUGGAAGCCGGACUGUGAGAUGGGGGACGAUCUUGUCGAGGAGCUGGCCGGCAUCCCGCGGAGCAUUGCCCUGCCGUACUACCAAGUCUCAAAACGGAUUGGCCGGGCAAUACCCCAUCUCACCUUCUUCGACCAGGCAUCUUUCAACCUGAGAAUCAAGGACACCGCGUCGUCGUACCCGUACAUCGGCCGCACUGACAACAUGGAGCUCCGAUGGCCGGUGUUCGGAGAGCGGGCGGAGAUCGCCUUCCUCAAGGGAUGCGCCGAGACAUCGGCAUCGUUCCAGCACGGCGCGGAUGCCAUUGCCGCCUGUCAAGAGCAUGUCAUGAACCGAAACAUCGAAGGUCUUCUCCGGGAAAUGAUCCGGCUCAAGGAGAUCCUCGAGCGCAUGCCCAACGCUUUCCACUCCAUCUCGACCAAUCCCAGCGCCGGCGAGAACUACGUCUCGGCGCAGCAUUGGGUGCGAUGGGGCAAGUUCUCGGCUCCGCUGUCGAAGCGGUGCCCCGCGGCAUCCGGCCUGCAGUUCCCGCCGUACCUCGUCAUGGACGCGUUCCUGGGGAGGAAGAAGUACGAUUCUUUCUUGGGCGCCGAGGGCGUCCAUCUGCGCGCAUGGUUGCCGUCGAAUUGGCGCGCCUUCAUCGCCGCGAUCGAGUACCACUACCGCACUCCCGAGUUCGUCGCCCAGUCGGGAGAUCCAAGGCUGAUGGGCGUCAUGGAUGGCAUUGUCGAGGCCUAUACCGGAGAGCGCGGUUUCAUGGGCACGCAUCGAUACAAGGUAUUUGGCAUCCUCGAGGUCGCGAGCAAGACUGGCCGGACCGAGACCAACGGGGCGUCCGGUGCUAGCGACGCCACGGGUAGACCUUGGGAGGAGACGCACAAGCAAUUCUCCGAGGCGAUGAAGGAGCGGCUGGAACCCUUUCGGGGAAACAUCGACCUCGAGCCCAACGAGAUGCGAGGCACGUUCGAGGAGUGCCGCUACAAAUGCCGAGUCAUGAGCAGAUCCUUCGUCGACAGUGAUCCGAACCGAUCGAUUGCUCUGGUCACCCUCGAUAUCCGGAACACGGGCAUCACCUUCCAGCCCGGGGAUCGGCUCGCCGUCAUGCCGCUAAACAACUGGACCGAGUGCGCCAAGGUAGCCGCAGCCCUGGGCCUGGCAGAACUGCUGGACGCCCCCGUCUCCCUGAACCAGAAGUGGCAGCGCUUUGCCCAGCACCUCGGAUCCGUUUCCAGGACUAAACCUAUCCAACUCACCGUCAAAGACAUCCUGCGACGAGGUCAUCUUGCCCCAGUCACCAAAGAUCUGGCUCUGAAAAUUCACGACCUGCUGCGGGCCUCGUCAAACACCGUCCUCCAAGUUCUCGCCACCGAAGAAUGGCCAGUACGGGGGACACUCGGAGAUCUCCUGCAAGGGGCAGUCACGGAUACGAGUCAGCAGAUCUGGGACAGGGCAUUCGACCUCAACGGGGAUCUCGCAUGGCUAGCCGAUCUGAUCCCCGUCGAGGUUCCCAGAACAUACUCCAUCUCGAACCACCCGCACGAGAUGCUGCCCUCAACAGUCGACCUCACCAUCUCGCGCGCCGAAUACAAGCUGUGCUCCACCUUCGCGGGCGACGCCGAGAUAACGUGCGCCGGCGUCGGGAGCGGAUUCCUCAACCCGUUCCUGUCGUCGGGCGAGGAGCUGAUCGCGUCGGACGAGGACAUCCUCGUCGGCGUCUCGCGGCCCGUCGCCUUCCAGCUGCCUGUGGACCGCGCCGCGCCGUGCGCCUACUUUGCGGGCGGCAGCGGCAUCGCCCCCUUCCGCAGCUUCUGGCAGGCGCGGGUGGCGUCGCGCGGCAGGGCGGCGGGCCGGGACAUCCUCUACCUCGGCGUCCAGUCGCGGGAAAGGUUCUGCUACGAGGACGAGAUCCGCGAGUAUGUGGACGCUGGCAUGAUGGAGGUCCAUGUUGCCUUCUCGCGGGACUCGCGCGGCCUCGUGUAUGAUCGGAGGCUGAACGAUCUCGUCGAGAAGGAGAUCUCACCUAGGUACAUUGACACCCUCAUCGUCGAGCAGGGCGCCACGGUGUGCGACCUCGUCAUGUCCAAGAAGCAAGGUGGUCUCGGCGGCUACCUCUACGUGUGCGGCUCCGUAUCCGUGUUUGACUCGGUCAUGAGCGGCAUCCGCAAGGCCAUCUAUAAUCACCGGUCUGCGACGAUGGAGACGACGGACAUGAUCGUCGAGAAGGCCUUUGCGGAGCGCCGCUUCAUGCUUGACGUAUUCAUGACCCCCAAGCCGCUGUCGUGCAAUCUCCCGACCAUCCCGCUCAGCGAGCUGGCGAAGCACACCGGCCACCGACCGGACAGCAGGAUGUGGAUUGCCGUGCACGGGAGCGUCUACGACGUCACCGACUUCUGCCCCAUGCACCCAGGUGGCACAUCCAUCAUCAAGUCCAACGCCGGCGUGGAUUGCUCGCAGUCAUUCGACAAUCUCGCCCACACGAACAACCCCGAGGUGGCCAGCCUUCUCACCAAGUACUUCAUCGGCCAGCUGACGCCCAAGCCCGACUUCCACGGCAGCGAGGAACUCGGCAGCCUCUACGACCUGUGGGCCUCGUAUCUCCGCACAACCGUCGAGACCCUGGUCGCCCACCAGUUCGAGAUGUACGAGAUCAUGGGCUCCGGCAUGGACAACGCGGGCAAGCACGACGCGGCGGGGGUGACCAACAUCUGGUUCCGGGAGAGCAUGGUCAACAUGAUCGGCGUGCGGACCUUCUACGACUACCAAUCCCGCCUGCUGCAGAGCGGCUUCUCGGCGCUCUUCGGCCCCAAGCUCCAGGAGCUAGUCCUCAAGCUCUCCUUCGCCCUCGCCGACGCCGCCCCCUCGGGCAUGAACACGCGCCUCCCCGACGUGCUCGGCACCAUCGCGCGCGCCAAGACCUCCCGCGACGCCAUGGCCACCUCGCACGAGGUCGCGCAGGUGGGCCAGUUCGUGACCGACAGCGCCGCGGCGGCGCGCUUCGCCGAGCGCGGCAUCCUCGCCUACGCGGCGCGCAGCGUCGAGCUGGACAUUGAGCUCCUCGAGGACAUACGCGACGAGGCCUGCCGCGGCAUGGACGCCUUCGCCGACAUCACGACCCUCGAGGGGGCCGACACCGCCUCCGACCGCGUCGCCGCCCUGUCGGCCUUCUUGCUCGCCGCCCUCGAGCGCAUGGCCAUGCGCCUCGAGCUCUUCUACGCCAAGCUCGCCCGCCACCGCGUCUACCAGCCCGAGCUCGAGCGCAACCCCGCCCGCACCCGCUGGACCCUCGUCCGCCGCCGCAUCCGCGACGGAAGCUUCUUCGCCCUGGCUCGCGAGGCCGUCCUGGGCGACACUACCACCACCGCCUCCACUGCCGGCACCGGCUUCGACGGCGUCAUGGCCCGCGUGCAGGCCAGCAUCCGGGAGGCGACUGCGCCGCGCCAGACCGUCUCCCCGCCAGCGCCAACCACGCUGGCGGCCGUGCAUAUCGCGCGCGCCACGGCUCCUCCGGUGGGGCCGAGCGAUGCGUCCGCGGCGUCGGCGAGUGUGAACGCGGGGGCGCUGCGGGCCAUGUCGGGGUUCAUCGAUGGGAACUUGCGCGCUAUCCGCCGCCUUAGUAGGUUGCCGCCCGCGCCGCUUGCGCUCGAGGGGCUGAGGGGUGUUAUGGAUCCUCAGAUCACCCUCUCAGCCAUGCCCCCAACCCCCCCCUCAAGCCGCGGAUCAAGCCGCUCACCCUCACGCAAGCUGGGCCCACCAUCUUUCCCCGCCGCCAGGGCUCCCCACUCGCGCGGCCCAUCGCUCGAGCGGCUCCUCGCCCAAACGGACGUGCGCCGCGUCCACUCACCAGCGGCAUCAUCCAGGCCCGCCGCCGCCGCCUCCCUCUCGCCGAGCGCGAUGACGAUGAUGAUGUCGCCGUCAAUGCCUCGGACCGGUAUCUCGCCAUCCGCCGCCGGCAUGGGGCCACCCGCCGCCGACGCGAGCCUGGCCAUGGGCGCCAUGAUGAGCGGGCUGAACGUCAGGCGGCCGCGCGGGACCAGCGUGCCGUCGCCGAUGCUGCUGCUUUCGCCGCCGAUGGGCGGCGGGCGGGCCGGUCGGUCGCUGAGCUUUGGCAGGUCGGGCGGCGUGCGGGCGUCGACGAGUUCGUUGAGGUCGUUUAGGCUUGGGAGUGUGGUGGCGGAGGAGGCUGGUCGGAGGAUGGCGCCGACGUUUUAA